CCGCGCGCGACCGCGCGCGAUGUCUGAGCCGCCCGCGACGGACGCGCGCGUCGACGACGGCGAUGUCCGCGGCGAUGCCGCCGCCGCGCCGUCGCAUCCCGCGUCGUUCGACGUCCUCGGGUGUCCGAAGUGCCGCUGGUCGCUCGGCGGAUGCCAAAAGUGUCGCGCGACGCCGCACACGAAUCGCGCGAGCUGCCCGCCGAUGAGCGAGCGCGCGGGGUACGCGAAAUACGCGGCGUCGCGCGGGAUCAAGGUCGCGCGGCGAUCGCGAGGAGGAGAGAAGGCGGGGAAGGCGAAGGGCGACGCGGGGAGAAAGGCGAAAAAGGCGAAGCGCGCGUGGUCGGACGAGGACUCGGACGAGUACGAAGAGGUGCGGAAGGAAGGAGAGGAGGCAGAGGAUGAAGAUUGGAGAACGACGAAGGCCGUGGGGACGAUUGGUACGGGUGCGCGAGGAGGGCUGGUGUCGAGCGUGGAACACGAACGCGCGAAGACGCCGAAAUCGCCGACGCCGGAGCCGGGGAUCUGGAUCGAGGUGGAUUGCGGAAACGCUCAAGCGCUCGUGUACGUCAUGGGGAAGAAUUCGGAUAACAUACCGGUGUUACAGUGGAAAUCUGGCGCGUCGCUGCGGUGUCAUCCGACAAAAAAUGCGGUGGUCGAGAUUUGGGGAGCCGAGAAGAACGUCGAGAAGGCGGAGGCGCUCGUGGCUGAGAGAAUUAAACAGCACGAGGAGCGCAAGAAAACGCUCGCGGAUCGGCCAAAGACGCCAGUGGCGGCGGCCAAACGACCAUCGUUAGAUGUCAUGAGUAUCGUCAACGACAUACGAACGCAAUCGAUGAGAGAGGACACGAGGGGCGAACCCGAGGAGGCGAGUUCGAGUUUGAGUUCGGCGGCGCGUUCCGCCGUCGACGCAUUCAUUUCGAAGCUUCCUGAUCUCAGGAUGAGUCGACAAGUGAUGUAUGAGUACACUCAGGAGGCUCUUAGCAUUUCAAAGUACGAAGCCGUUCCUGAAGUCUUGGUUUCGACGCUCAGAGAACGAAUCGCCGACCUCGCGACGUCCGCUUCUACACGGUUGACUCUGUUUUAUCUGCUCGACUCCAUCGUUCAAGCCAGUCGUGUUGACGCGCGCGGAGGAUCCGAAGCCACGCACGCAAUGUACAAAAAGGCGCUACGCAAGCAUCUGACCGACAUUGUGAAGCACAUGAUCGCCAUCGUAAGGAUUGAUGAAGCGACAGAGAUGAAGGGCGUCGAAGUACAAGACGGCGCCACCAUCGGCGAGGCGCACGCGAGACACAGACGUCGAGCGGUUCAAAAAGUCUUAUCCAUCUGGGAAGGUCGAGAAGUGCUUUCAGAGACUGAGAUCCUGAUCGGGAAGCAGGCGAUCUCGAAAUUUAGACACGAAAAAGUGAAGCAACAAGCGAAGGAGUUUGACAGGCGCCUACAGCGGCAACCAGAGCCGGCGAUCAAAGUACAGGCAGACGGCGUCAACGCAGACGAAUUUGACGACAUCGCCGCGAUGCUCGGAAAUCAAUACGGUGGUAUCGACGUCGGCGACAUAGACCUGUCGUUACUACGCUCAAGCGUACGCGAAGAAGUUCCGUCACCGCCGCCUUCGAGCCAUCCGCCAGAGAAGAACACGUGCAUGGAUUGGGAGGCACCGCCGCCGCCGCUUCCACAGGGACCGCCGCCGCCAGGUCAAGCGCGGCGACAAACGCAGGAAUCGACGGCACAGCACGCAUUUCUCGUCGCAGCGGGUGAAAUUUCUGAUUAGGAUGGUGGAUUACAAGCUGGCAUCUAUGCGUAGAAGUAGCAUGUUCAACAG